AUGGCAGAGGGAAAUCAUAGCACUGUGACUGAAUUUAUCCUAACUGGCUUCCCUGGACUUCAUCCAGAGUACCAAGACCUUGUUUCAGCAGUAUUGUUCUUUGUUUACUGCUUAACUUUGACGGGCAAUGUAACAAUUCCUUAUUUAUUUGCCAUGGACCACAGCCUUCAUAAGCCGAUGUAUUAUAUAAUUCUGAAUCUGUGCACAUGCGACAUUCUCUUUAGCACAACCACUUUACCUAAGAUCAUCAGCAAGUAUUGGUUUCAUUCAGGAACUAUUUCAUUCACAGCUUGCUUUGUCCAAAUGUACUUUGUUCACUAUCUUGGCACAGUGAAUUCCUAUAUUCUCUUCCUGAUGGCUUUAGAUAGGUAUUUAGCGGUCUGCCAUCCUCUCAAAUAUCCCAUUGUUUUUAAAAGCCACACUAUCCUAAUUCUCAGUAUUACGGCGUGGGUUAUCGCUCAUGUAGGCCCUUUAAUGAUGGUUAUUAGGGCAUACCCUCUUCCCUACUGUGCCUCAAACAUAAUCAACCACUGCUUCUGUGAUCAUAUUGGUAUAACAAUCCUAGCAUGCACUGACAGGGCCCCUUAUGGUUUCCCUGCUUUUGUGAAUGCGAUGGUUAUGUUACUGGGACCUCUGGCAUUCAUAGUGUUCUCCUAUUGCUGUAUAAUUAUAGCAGUACUUAAGAUUGCAAAUGUACAGGGUCGCAUAAAGUCUCUGUCCACUUGCAGUACGCAACUGAUCAUAAUCUCUCUCUACUAUUUACCACGAUGUUUUGUAUAUUUGGCCAGCAAUGUUGGCAUUACGUUUAGUGCUGAUGUGCGAAUAGUAAUCAUCAUGAUGUAUAGCCUUUGCCCCCCCAUGAUUAAUCCACUUAUAUACUGCUUAAGAGCUAAAGACAUGAGAGAAAGCUUGAGGAAACAAUUACACAAAACAGCAGUUCUUAAAAAAGCACAAGUUUCAGCUAUCAGUGACUGA